GCCAUAACUUCAAAAAUGUUUGAAGCCCGAUUAAUUGACGGAUCAAUAUUAAAACGAAUAUUAGAAGCUUCCCGAGAUUUGCUAACUGAGGCAGCUUGGGAAUGUAGUGAGAGUGGAAUUAGCCUUCAAGCUAUGGAUGGGUCUCACGUUAGUUUGGUUUCCCUAUUUUUAGGGGCUGAUGGAUUUGAUUAUUAUCGCUGCGACAGAAAUUUGUCUAUGGGGAUUAAUAUGAUCAGUAUGAAUAAAAUACUUAAGUGUGCUGCGAAUGAUGAUAUUAUUACUAUCAAAGCAGAAGAUGAUGGGUCUUCAGAUGUCGUUACUUUUGUAUUUGAAGCACCAAAAAUGGAAAGAAGAUGUGAAUACGAAUUAAAAUUAAUGAAUCUUGAUGUUGAACAACUUGGAAUACCAUUUACAGAAUACUCAGUUGUUAUAAACAUGCCUUCGGCAAGCUUUUCAAAAAUAUGUAGAGAUCUUAUAUUAAUAGGAGAAUCUGUCUGUAUAAGCUGUACUAAAGGUGGAAUAAACUUUUCAUGUGAUGGAGAUUUAGGAUCAGGAAAGAUUACAUUACUACAAUCCACAUCAGAUGAAAAUGAAGCAGACAAUUUAACAAUAGAAUUAACUGACGCCGUUAAACUAACCUUUGCUUUGAAAUAUUUGAAUUAUUUCUCCAGAGCAUCUACACUUUCUCCGAUCGUUAAAUUAUGUCUCUCUAAGGACGUCCCAUUAGUUGUUCAAUAUGAUAUUGAGGACAUCGGUUAUGUUAGAUAUUUCUUGGCACCAAAGAUCGAAGAAAACAAUGAAAGUGAUAACGAUUGAAAAUUAAAGACACCUAUGUUAUUUUAAUAUAUCUAUACAUAUUUAAUACUAUAUGAACCAUUUAUAACGAAAUAUUAUUUUAUCAAUAACGAUAUACAUAAAAUUUAUCUCAUUUUUAAUAACGUUCAGUCGAAUAAUUUAUAAAUAAAAUGGUAUAUAUAAGACGACAUUAGUGUUUAUAAUGUAAUACAGGCUCCAUUUUAAUUAAUAUGGAGUAAAAUGGAAUUGAUAAUAUUAAAUAAAUAUU